AUGUUGACUCUUAAAGAAUACUUUAAGAAAAAGGGUAGAUUACAACAACAACAAUUUGAUGAACAAAAAAAGAAGUAUGGUAAAGGAAAUCUUUUUAGAGGAGUCGUUGUUUGGAUAACUGGAAGAACACACCCUUCUGCAUCAAUUUUACGUUCUUUAAUUCUUCAAAAUGGUGGAAAAUAUUUAAUGAAAUAUUCUUCAUCUGAAGUUACUCAUAUUAUUGCAACUCAAUUAUCAUAUCAACACCAAAUCCAAUUUGAAAAAAGAAUUGUUGUUCAUCCAAAUUGGAUAAUAGAUUCUAUUAAAUAUGGAACAUUACAAGCAAUAACUAAUUAUAAUCCACAAAAAAUGAAUAAAAAACAAAAACAACUAAGUGAUUUAGAAUGUACUGAUCCAAAUUUUCUUGACAAAUAUUAUUUAAGUUCAAGACUUCAUCAUAUUUCUUUAUGGAAAACAAUAUUUUCAGAUUUUCUUUCAGAAAAAGUUGAAGGAAUUAAAUCAAAUUAUUCUAAAAUUAUGCAUGUUGAUAUUGAUUCAUUCUUUGUUUCUAUUACAAUUUCUAAACAUAGUGAAUUAAAAGGAAAACCAGUAGUUAUAUCACAUGGUGGAAAUAAUGCAGAUGUUUCUUGUUGUAAUUAUGAAGCAAGAAAAUAUGGAAUAAAGAAUGGAAUGUGGUUAAAACAAGCAUAUAAUCUUUGUCCACAAUUAGUUGUAGUUGGAUAUGAUUUUGAUGAAUAUGAAAAAACUGCAUUAAAGAUGUAUGAAAUAUUAACAAAAUAUUUUAAUAAUAUUGAGGUAUUGAGUUGUGAUGAAUGUAUUAUAGAUAUUUCAUCAGUCCCUGAUCCUAUUGAUACUUUUUUACAACAAGUUAGAACAGAAAUUAAAGAAGCGAUUCAUUCUGGAGUAAGUUUUGGAAUUGGAAUAAAUCCACUUACAGCACGUCUAGCAAUGAAAAAAGCAAAACCUGAUGGAAUAUACUAUUUAUUAACAAAUAUUGAAGAAUUUAUUUCUACUCUAAAAAUAGAAGAACUUCCAGGUUUUGGUUAUUCCCUUUCAGAAAAGUGUAAGAUGAUAGGUGUUUAUACAUGUGGAGAUAUUUCAUUAACUUCAAAAGAAGUAUUAGAAAAACAAAUAGGAGAGAAAAAUACUAUUAAAUUAAUUGAAAUGAGUAAAGGAGUAGAUAACACUCAAUUUGGGAAUAAAAAAGAAAAGAAAAAUAUUGGAAUAUCAAUAAAUUGGGGAAUUAGAUUUGAGAAUGAUGAUGAUGUUAAACAAUUUAUUUUUAGAAUGUGUUGUGAAGUAGAAAAACGAUUACAUAAAGCCAAUAGUAUUACUAUUUGUGAAACUCAAAAUGCUGCAAUUCUUAAUAAAAGUGCUGUUAUUUUAUGGAAUCAAUUUCAAAUUCUAAUAAAAGAUUUAAGAGGAAUUUCUAUUCAAAUAAGUAAAUUACACUCUAUCCAACCAGUUCAAAUAAAAGAAUCAAAAAUAUUUCAACAAAUUCUUUUAGCAAAACAACAAGAAGAAAAAUAUAAAAAAAUAAAACAAAAUGAAAAGAAUAAAUUUAUUGAAUUACCAAGUGCAUCUCAAAUUGAUAUAUCUGUUUUAAAUGCACUUCCAAAUGAUGUUAAAAAUGAACUUAUUCAACAUUAUUCAAAAUAUUAUAACAUUUAUAAUAAUCCAAAAAUUUCAUUUGCUAAUGAUGAAAUUAUUAUAGAAAAAUUAGAUGAAAGAAUUGAAGAAAUUGAAUUAUUCGAAAUAGAAAAUACUAAAGAGUUAAUUAAUAUUUUAAUCACUUAUUUAAAAUCAAGAAAAGAAAUUAAUUUCUUUCAUAUUGAAAUAAUACUACAAUAUCUUAAAGUAUUAUUAAAACAUCAAUGUUAUAAAGAAUUUCAAAUAAUUAUUAAAACAGUUUUAUUAUCAUUAGAACAUCCUCGUUUCAAUGACUUUAAAGAAAUCUUAGAACAUUAUGCAGAAAAAAUGUAUAAUGACUCAUUCUCAAAAUUUUUACACUCAUUUUCUCAUCAAUAA